ACCGAGCGAAAAAACGGUGAGGGGUUUGGGCGGAAGAGAUGAGGUUUCAGCUUCUGCGAUCUCCGUCUCCGUCGAGCUCUUGCUGCGGCUACCAAAUUCCUUUCCAACCCUCUAAUGGAGUCCUCCUCCUCCGAUCGUCGCCCAUGAAAAUCCCCAAGUCUCACACGAAAAAAAAGCUUUCUCAGUCUCGAAGAGCUUCCGAAGUUCUGGCCUAUUACGGCCUUACGACGCCUCCGUAUAAGCUUGAUGCUUUGGAGCCAUACAUGAGCAAGAGGACUCUAGAACUACACUGGGGCGAACAUCAUCGACACUAUGUUGAUAGUUUAAAUAAGCAGCUCACGAACAGCCCAUUAUAUGGCUAUACAAUGGAGGAACUGAUUAAAGUAACGUAUAACAAUGGCAACCCGAUACCGGAGUUCAAUAAUGCUGCUCAGGUUUGGAACCAUGACUUCUUCUGGGAAUCGAUGCAACCAGAUGGCGGGAACUUGCCUUGCGGAGGUCUUCUGCAGCAGAUUGAAAAAGAUUUUGGCUCAUUUUCUAAUUUUAGAGAUGAGUUUGUCCACUCCGCUAUGACGCUAUUUGGUUCUGGCUGGGUGUGGCUCAUCUUGAAGACCAACGAGAGAAGGCUUUCGGUAGUUCGAACAUCAAAUGCCAUCUGUCCGCUUGUUUGGGGUGAUAUUCCAAUCAUCUGUCUCGACAUGUGGGAGCAUGCAUAUUACCUAGACUACAAGGAUGAUAAAAGAACAUAUGCAAUCAACUUUAUCGACCAUCUCGUAUCGUGGCAUGCUGUCACAUCACGGAUGAUGCGUGCUGAGGCUUUUGUCAAUCUUGGGGAGCCCAAAAUUCCUGUGGCAUGAGAUGCUAGCAAGCUAAAUCACUUUGAACUCAGCUAUUUUUGAUUGAAAGAGUCCAGGUUGAUGCUCAUUCCUCAUGUCGGAUAGGAUAUUCUUGAAGAAUUGCGUGGGAAGAGAUGAAGAUAGUGGGAAGAAUUAUGGGAGGACUCUGCCAGGUUUGCUACGGCCUAAGUCUAUCGGUGUAGUGGACCUCUGCGUCAAGCUGGAUCUGUUUGAGCUCUAUCAACAGGGGCACGUGUAUUUUUCGUCCAUCUUUUGAGUUGUCUUUUGUUGGUUGGUGAGCUCUAAACAUGUUUUAGUUAUUCGAGCCGCAAAUCCUACGUUUAAGUUGAAAGAUGAGGAAACAAGAAAGAACUGCAUCUCUAUAUGUGUUUUCGAGUGCAUCUUCCUGAGCAAUGUUUUGACUGCAUUUUUUUUUCCCCUUA